AGGGCACAUACAAGAUGACAUACACAUACUUUUCUGCAGGCACAGGGAAUGUUUCCCAACAGUUGGUUUAGGCCAUUUAUCUUACCUGCUUGUGUACUUCUUCAAAACAGACCAACUGUGACUUCUGAACAGAAACAAAAAAGUUUGACUAAAGGUUCCCACCUGGAGAGUUGUAUCCCCUUAUUAACUAUGGCAAAAGCUUCUGAAUCAAAACCAGGCCUGACUCACGCACCCUUUAAAAAUGGUAGAUUUGAAAACCCUUGGCCAAACUUUCAAACUCCAUCAGUUACACACAUCUUUUCUCUGAUGAGAACGAAGGAUCUCAGUAAAAUACCACCCAAGAAGGAUCUAGAUAAAGCAUUGCCAAUCAUCACCCCAGACUUUAGAGAAUUUGACACUUCGCCUUCAUCAGGGGUGCGGGUGUGUUGGCUGGGUCAUGCAUCUGUACUAGUCCAGUUUGAUAACAUCACUGUACUGACAGAUCCCAUUUUUAGCCAAUACUGCAGUCCUGUCCAGUUUGCAGGUCCAAAGAGGUACCGCGACCCACCGUGUACAAUUGAGGACCUGCCAGUGAUCGAUGCAGUUGUUAUCAGUCAUAAUCACUAUGACCAUCUUGAUGUCAACUCUGUCAAAGACCUCAAUAAAAAAUAUGGAGAAGGUUUAUACUGGGUGGUGCCUAUGGGCCUAGCUACCUGGAUGCGAGAUUGUGGAUGUAAGAAUGUUGUUGAGCUUGAAUGGUGGGAUAAAUGGAGCAUUCCGGGGCGAGAGGAGGUGAAGUUUGUGAGCACUCCCUCGAACCACUGGUGCAACCGUGGCCUAUUUGACAGGAACAAGGUGUUGUGGUGCAGCUGGGCAGUGAUCGGUCCGUCUCACAGGUUUUUCUUUGGAGGGGAUACGGGCUACUGUACUGGCUUUAAGGAGAUUGGGAAUGAGUAUGGCCCAUUUGAUCUUUCGGCUAUACCAAUUGGAGCAUACUACCCUCGCUGGUUCAUGAAGUCUAUUCAUGUGAAUCCAGAAGAGGCAGUGCAGAUACACCAAGAUAUCCGCUCGAAAACUUCUGUUGGUAUUCACUGGGGCACAUUCAAAAUGACAUCUGAACACUACCUGGAACCGAAAGAGAAACUAAAAGAGGCAGCUACCGAACAGAAUUUGCCCCCAGACAGUUUUAUUACAGUGAAUCAUGGAGACAUACAUAUCCUUGGAAGAGAUACCUAUACUGAAAUGGAUUGAUUCGUUCUUACAUAACCAUCAGAGCAUUCACAUAUAUAAGCAAUAUUUAAUAUAAUAAUUUUAGCUACAUUUAUACCAGAAACUUCACUUAAAAAUACGUUAAUAUUGGUCCAUAUAUAACUUGUGAUAAUAUGUGUAUAUUCAAAUAUCCUGUGAUCUGAUGAAAUUUUUAUCUUUUAAUACAAUGUACAUGUACAAGCACAUCAUGAUCUGAAAUUAAGAAUUUAAUGCAGAAAAAACAUUACCAUCCCUCCUGUAGGUUUUUUAGUGACAAUUUUAUAUUAACCCUACAUAUAGAGACCAUUUUACUUAAACUACAGUUUUUGUUAGCAUUUGAAUCAUUCUUGUUGAAUCAGUUGCUGUAUAUAUUUUUUUAGGGAGGAUUAAUGUGAAGAGAAGAUAAAAGAUAUAAUAGCAGAUUAGAACCGACAGUCAGAAAUAAUUUCAUUUCGGUGAUGUGUAAAAAAGGCUAAAGAACAAGUUUUGAUGCAGCGUAUUUUAAUCUUUCAGCUUAUGUGAAGUUUAAGCUAAUCUUUACUGGACUAAAAUAUGAAAGAAAAUACUUAUCCUAAAUCUUAUCAAAUUCGACCAGUAAAUAGAAAUUUAAUAUGCCAUAAAUGCACAAUGUUGGUUGUUAAACUUGUUGAACAUUUAGGGUAUGUGGACUACAGGGCUUUACAGUAAUUUGUCUCACUAUGAAAUAAUUUCCGAGACAAGAUAAGUGGUGCACCAUUCUGCCGAGAGGAUGUCUUAAAUUACCAGAUUAUUUGUGUGAUCUCGAUAUUCCAUAUUGUAAAUACCAUUCAGACGAGGACCCUGUUGUACGUAGCGUACCAGUGCCAAGAACGAACCUUUUAUAAGAAUAAACAAAUAAACAGCUGUAAACGUAUAUUUAUUGUUAUUUACUUAAUUGAAUGCAGGUACUAGACAAAACAUAAUGU